AUGUCCGUUCCUGCGAGUUUUCCAGACCCGGCCUUCGAGAGCAGAAACCUAAGUAAGGAAGGCGUCAGGCUAGCAUACGAAGAAGGCCACGACGCAGAUCUCAGGUCAACUUCCGGGCCAGACGUACGACAUGAGAACGGCGUGCUUGAUGCGGACUUGGAGAAGGGCGAUCAUCCAAGCAUCGCCACUAGCGAGGCACCAACGGUAGUGGAGGAUGAGGCAUCAGAGCCCAAAGACCCUAACAUCGUAUGGUGGGAUGAGCCGGCAGACCAGGAUCCCGCGAACCCCAUGAACUGGAGCUCGAGAAAGAAAUGGGGCAACAUCGCCGUCCUAUCAGCCAUAACCUUCGUCACGCCUCUGGCUUCAUCGAUGUUCGCACCUGGCGUGCCAGCGGUGAUGCAAGACUUCCGCACCGACAACACCAUGCUCGCGACAUUCGUUGUGUCCGUCUAUAUUCUGGGCUUCGCGCUUGGCCCACUGGUCGUGGCGCCGAUGAGUGAGAUGUACGGCCGGUUACCGCUCUACCUCAUCACCAAUGUCCUCUUCGUCGUCUUCACGAUAGCAUGCGCCGUCAGCAACAGCAUGAACAUGUUGAUCGGCUUCCGCUUUCUGGCAGGCUGUGUUGGCUCUGCUCCGAUGACCAUUGGCGCCGGCACGAUAGCAGAUAUCAUGCCGGCGACGCAACGCGCAAAGGCGAUGGCUUUCUGGGCUAUGGGACCGCUCCUUGGGCCUGUCGUAGGGCCCGUAGCCGGCGGUUUCCUUGUCGAUGCCAAGGGCUGGCGUUGGGUCUUCUGGCUGAUCGCCAUCAUCGCCGGUGCCACAACGGCCGCCUCCUUCCUUCUCCUGCGCGAAACUUAUGCGCCGGUGAUCCUGGACCGCAAGGCCGCGCGCUUACGAAAGGAGACCGGCAACCCUGAUCUCAAGUCCAAGCUCCACUCCGGCCUGCCCCACAAGGAGCUCUUCCUACGCAGCAUCGUCCGUCCCAGCAAGAUGCUAAUCUUUUCCCCGAUUGUCAGCCUGCUGUCGGUCUACAUGUCCAUCGCUUACGGGAUCCUCUACCUCCUCUUCACGACCUUCACAUUCGUCUUCGAGCAGCAGUACGGCUUCUCAUCCAGCAACGUAGGGCUCACGUAUAUCGCGUCCGGCAUUGGCAUGAUACUCGGUCUUGUCGUUGUCGGCUCCAUCAGUGACAGGAUCAUCAAGCAGCACACCGCCAAGGGCGAGCAGCACAAGCCGGAACUGCGCAUUCCGAUCUUCCUCACUGUGCCGGCGGGUCUCUCCCUAGCGCUCGGUCUCUUCCUCUACGGCUGGACGGCAGAGAAGCAGGUGCAGUGGGCAGUACCGCUGCUCGGGACCCUUUUCGUUGGAUUGGGCUUGAUGGCCAUCUUCAUGUGCAUCCAAACCUACCUCGUCGACGCCUUCACCGUGCACGCCGCUUCUGCCAUGGCUGCCAACACGGUUCUGCGUUCCCUGUUUGGCGCCCUGCUGCCGCUUUGUGGGCUUGAUAUGUACGAGGUGCUCGGCCUUGGAUGGGGGAACAGCCUGCUUGGCUUUGUGGCGCUGGCAAUGGUGCCGAUACCAGCGCUAUUUAGGAUUUAUGGGGAGCGGAUACGGACAAGUCCGCGCUUUCGGGUUAAGUUUUAG